CAAAUGAGCAAAAUUGUCAAGUUCAGUGUGUGGAUUAUUACUUCCGUUUGAGAAACAGAGCUAGACUCCGCGAUCAGGAAAGACCUUUGAGUCAUCUCGAUCUCGAACCAGAAACAAAGAUUUUAAAGUUUAGAAGCUCGGUAGAGAGGAAAACGGCGCUUCUUCGCUAAACAAGAAAAAAAAGACAAUGUCUAAUAACUACCAAACAUAGUGGAAUUUAUUAGAAGAUGAAAACUUUAUUCAGCAACUCCUAUCUCGCUUCGAAUAUACCUAUCAUAUUAUAUAUUCUUUAGAUGAUCUUUUUAUUUGACUAGGUUUUAUUAUGGUUUAGUUGUCUAGCUAUAUUUAUAGCUAUAUUUAUUCAAUUCCUCGAUGACUGUUACUCACAGCCUUUUGGAUUUUCAGGAUUACCUACUAUUGAUACAGCCAUUGCAGCAACUGUAUUGUACGAUACAUUACAGUACCUAGGUCCUAAAUAGACGGCAAACUCUAUCGUAUAGCGUUGUUGCCAACACCUUUGACUAGUCAAAACUUGGAACUACCUACAUAAUCCUCUGUGGGAUCGUUGGAUAAGAUACGGGUAUCGGCGGCACACAGCUUUGGAACUAGCAGCUAUGACUCUAGCCGUUGCAAGAAGCCGUAAUCUACAUCCUUUCGCAAUCCCACUGCGAGUUAUACCGCACAAACAUUCUAAAGGGUCUAAAGGAUCUACACUUCGGCCGGUCACACGCGUGACCACUAGAUUCGUCGCAACCUGGCCGACUAAUUCUCCGCUUUGCGGGUCCCGAAAAGCCAAUCGUUCAUAUUUCGCUCCCCGGAUUUCAACUUACACUCGACAACGUGCCCAACUCACAACGUCUGUAAGAGCCCGUCGAGGGUCGUCUCAGCUGGGUUGCACGAAAGUACGCCACUUACCUAAUUACACCUCAGUAGGAACUGCGCGACGGCAUUGGCCGCGUGCCUCUAUUAGACAUUUUUCUACAAGCUACCCCACCAUGACUGCCAUUAGGUUAGAUGGCACAGCCAUCGCAAAGAAGAUCCGCGAAAGGCUGGCCUCUGAGAUAGCCGAGAAGCAAAAGUCUAAUCCCAAGUACCAGCCCUAUCUUUCGAUUAUCCAAGUCGGUGAUCGAUCUGAUUCCUCAACUUAUGUUCGCAUGAAGCUUAAGGCCGCUCACGAGGCCAAUAUUACCUGCGAACGUCUGCACUUCCCUGAGGAUAUUUCCGAGGCCGAGCUCUUGGCACAGUUACACGUCCUGAAUAAUAACCCUGCAGUGUCUGGAAUCCUGGUUCAGCUGCCUCUGCCUAAGCAUAUCGAUGAGUACGCUAUCACAUCUGCCGUUGCGGCUGAAAAAGAUGUCGAUGGUUUCGGUACCACCAACAUUGGUGAGCUUGCCAAGAAAGGAGGUCACCCUUUCUUCAUCCCCUGCACUCCCAAGGGGGUUAUGGUUCUCUUGGAGGAAGCAGGUGUGAACUUGAAAGGCAAGGAUGCUGUGGUUCUUGGCCGAAGCGAUAUUGUCGGUAGUCCCGUCAGCUACUUGUUGAAGAACGCCGACGCAACCGUUACUGUCUGCCAUUCUAAGACCGAGGGUAUAGAAGAGAAGUUAAAGAAGGCUGAUAUAGUUGUUGCCGCUAUUGGCCAACCUGCCUUUGUAAAAGGAGAAUGGCUCAAGAAAGGUGCCGUUGUCAUCGACGUGGGAACCAACUACAUCCCCGAUGCAUCGAAGAAAUCCGGCCAACGACUAGUGGGUGAUGUAGAGUUUGAGUCGGCUUCUCAGGUUGCUUCUUACAUCACACCAGUUCCGGGUGGUGUCGGGCCCAUGACAGUUGCCAUGCUGUUGCAAAAUGUUGUUAACGCAACCACAAUGUAUUUUGAGCGACAGAAGCAAAGACGUAUCGUACCACUUCCUCUCAACUUACGUACCCCGGUCCCUUCGGAUAUCGAGGUUUCGAGAUCACAGCCACCGAAGCCCAUUACGCGGGUCGCAGAAGAGGUCGGUAUUGCGCAUCACGAGUUGGAGCCAUAUGGCGCAUACAAAGCCAAGGUCGACCUCACCCUUUUGAAGCGUCUGGAGCACCGUCGGAACGGCCGAUAUGUCGUAGUCACAGGCAUUACUCCCACACCGUUAGGCGAAGGGAAAUCCACCACAACCAUGGGCUUAGCUCAGGCGUUAGGGGCACAUCUAGGUCGAAUUACCUUUGCCAACGUCCGGCAGCCCAGCCAAGGUCCUACUUUUGGUAUCAAGGGAGGUGCAGCUGGUGGUGGUUACAGUCAAGUUAUACCCAUGGACGAAUUCAAUUUGCACUUGACUGGUGACAUACAUGCUAUCACCGCAGCGAACAAUCUUCUUGCUGCUGCGAUUGAGACUCGUAUGUUCCACGAGAACACGCAAAAGGAUGGCCCCCUUUACCGAAGAUUGGUACCGACAAAGAACGGAAAGAGGACCUUUGCACCUGUCAUGCUCCGCCGACUCAAGAAAUUGGGAAUUGACAAGACCGAUCCUAACGACCUUACUGAAGAUGAGAUCCGCCGGUUUGCUAGGUUAGAUAUUGACCCAGAAACUAUCACUUGGAGACGCGUGCUAGAUGUUAAUGACCGCCACUUGCGAGGCGUCACUGUUGGCAUAGCCCCAACCGAAAAGGGACAGAGUCGGGAUACCGGAUUCGAUAUAUCUGUUGCCAGCGAGUGUAUGGCUAUUCUAGCCAUGAGCACCAGUCUUGCCGAUAUGCGGGAAAGGCUAGGCCGAAUGGUCGUCGCUACCUCGAGAUCAGGAGACCCAGUCACUUGCGAUGACAUAGGAGCCGGAGGGGCAUUGACAGCUCUCAUGAAGGACGCUAUCAAGCCGAACUUGAUGCAAACAUUAGAAGGUACACCUGUGUUUGUGCAUGCGGGUCCUUUUGCCAACAUCAGUAUUGGAAACAGCUCCAUCCUUGCCGACAAGAUGGCUCUCAAGCUAGCAGGUACGGAGCCCGAUGAAGACUACAGUGCCAAGGCUGGCUUCGCCGUUACUGAAGCUGGUUUCGACUUCACCAUGGGAGGCGAACGAUUCUUCAACAUCAAAUGCCGUACUUCAGGCUUAGUUCCCGAUGUGGUCGUUAUUGUCGCUACGGUUCGCGCUUUGAAGGUGCAUGGUGGCGGCCCACCUAUCGCUCCUGGUGCGCCGUUAGACCCCGUGUACAAGCAGGAGAAUGUCGAGAUCCUCCGAAACGGCUGCGUGAACCUCAAGAAGCAUAUUCAAAACGCCAAGGCCUAUGGCUGUCCUGUCGUAGUCGCCAUCAAUAAGUUUGCUACCGAUACAGAUGCUGAGAUUGCUGCUCUGCGAGAAGAAGCCAUUGCUGCUGGCGCUGAAGACGCUAUCUUGGCUAAUCAUUGGGCCGAAGGUGGUAAGGGCGCUGUCGACCUUGCUAAGGGGGUAAUCGCUGCUGCUGAGAAGCCAAAGGACUUCAAGUUACUGUAUGACGUGACUGAGGGCACCAUUGAACAACGUAUGGAGGCCAUCUGCCAGAAAAUGUAUGGUGCGUCCGCUGUCGAGUUUAGCGAGCUUGCCCAAAAGAAGAUCGACACAUACACAAAACAGGGCUUUGGGAACCUCCCGAUCUGUAUCGCUAAGACGCAGUAUUCGCUCUCUCACGACCCCGAUCUUAAAGGUGCACCAACCGGUUUUACUGUUCCGAUUAGGGAUGUGAGAAUGGCCGCAGGUGCAGGAUACUUGUAUGCGCUUGCCGCUGACAUCCAGACAAUUCCCGGCUUGCCCACUGCCCCGGGAUACCUCAAUGUCGACGUUGACACCGAAACGGGCGAGAUCGACGGUCUCUUCUAAGUGCCGGCUUACUAUGAGCGUAUGUCUAUACAAAUUCGUCAAAUCAACAAAAACUGGCGUAGAUGCGGUACGUAUAGAAUUCAACUAGCUAGACCGGGCACUCUAUGCAUGCAUAUAAAGUGGCUUCAACGAAUUCAACCACGUCGGAGCAUUGGUUCAUGGGGGUUAUACUAGAAACGGCGACAACAGGGCCGGCGUUUUAUUACACGUGAUACCUUCAACAGUAGUGUAUAUUGCAGGGCGAUCUACUGCGCCUAUACACGCCCUAGGUAUAUAGGUAGAGAGAUAUUUAAGUAAAUUAAAGAAAUAAAUGCGAUGAACUAAGAUACUUACGA